AUGGGUAUAUGCGGGAGUAAAGAGAAGAAUGCCGGCGAGUCGACCGAGAUGGCGCGUCCGUCACAGCCCGCAGCGUCGCAUGCGCCAACACAACAAAACAUCCCGGUCACUGGAGAAGGUGCGACGGUAAAGGCGCGCAGGUCACCCGAUAACCCGAUUGUGUACUUUGACAUUGCCAUUGGGGGCCAGCCGGUUGGGCGUAUACAAAUGGAGUUGUUCCUUGAUGUUGUACCAGCGACUUCAGAAAACUUUAGACAGUUCUGCACGGGGGAGUCCAACCGUGGCGGAUACAAGGGCAGCACUUUCCACAGAGUGAUUCCGAAUUUCAUGAUUCAGGGUGGUGAUUUCCUGAACGGAGACGGUACCGGCAGCGCGAGCAUCUUUGGAGGCGAUUCUUUCGACGACGAGAACUUUGAGCUCAAGCACACUCACCCUGGUCUCUUGAGCAUGGCGAACUCUGGUCCAAACACCAACGGUUCUCAGUUCUUCAUCCUAACCGCCUCUACACCGCAUCUUGAUCGCAAGCACGUCGUUUUCGGUGAAGUCCUCGACGGCAUGGAUGUCGUGAGGAAGAUUGAGGCGACAAGGACUGGACAGGGUGACAAGCCUGUGAGCGAUGUCGUAAUCGCUGGGUCGGGGCAGCUGGCGGGCGCAAAGCCUUUGGCUUGA